UUGAUUUGCAACAAUCGCGUAGAACAGUCGAUUAGCGUUAACUCGUUAACCUAUGUUAAAGUUGAAUGAUUUUAAAGUGGUGUCUAUUAAAAAAUUCAAUUUAAGUCUCAAUAAGCGAUAAUAGGCGGCAUUAUGCGCUUUUGUCAUUCUUAUUAUUUGCAAGCCUUUAUUCUACUGAUUUAUUAUCCAAGCAUACUAACAUUGCAAAUACCUAAAGACGUGGAAAUUUUGGAUGGUUACGAGUUCGAUGACUCUCCCGAAUAUUAUGGCAGUGAUGUCAGCUAUUAUGAAGCUCGUAGUAUGUCUACGGGUUUCAAUAAUAAAGUUAUUCGCAAUAAACGCUCAUCGUUAGAAUACGAUCAAGCAAAAGGCUUAACGAGUAAUUCGGAUUUUAAUAAUAAUAAAAAAAAAGUAAAAGAUAAUCAUAUACAUAAAGUUGAAUCGGAACGAGUAGAGUUUUAUGAGCCACGUAAUGUACAAAGCGAAAACCUAACUAAUACAGAAGAUGAAAAGCAGGAAUCUUUGCCAAAAGCUGAAAAGCAAAUAAUGGAUCCGGAUUAUGAUUAUUAUUCACAAAGACAUAUAGCCGGUUGGCAUAAACUUGAAAGGGUUGAUAAUGUCGAAGACGAUGUCCUGCCAGAGGCAACAACGGGUUACGCGAGUCAUGGCCGUCAGGCUAGAGUCAAUUUUAUAACUCAACCACGGAAAGAGAAUGAAUCGGCCAAAGAGCUGCCCGAGCCAGUGGUAACUAAAGUAACUGCUCCUACAGUUAGGCAUCAUUAUGAUCAAAAGUAUGCUGCCUUCACUCCAGCCUACAAUUAUGAAAUGUAUCCUUCUAGAUCUUACGAUCCUUAUCUAAGACGGUAUGACAGAUAUGAUGAGCAAUAUUCACGCUAUGAUCCGUACAAUUAUGAGACACAUUUUCUUUAUCGUCGCCAUUAUGAUCCCUAUGACAGUUAUAGUCCUCGGAUGCCUCAGUAUCCUGAACCAUAUUAUAAUUAUCCUGAUCGUCGCUAUGAUAUCCCUGAACCUCGUGAAUAUCAACCGAUUUACAAUAAUGAAAUAUAUGAUAAAUCAGCUGCAUACACUCCUCUCACUUAUCCAGAUUCGUAUGCAGCCCCCACUGCUUAUUCUAAAGAUUAUCCUCGCAAUUACCGACGUAUCGUUUACUACGCUCACUUACCGGAAAUUGUACGCACACCUUACGAUUAUGCAGGUCCGAAUAGUCGUUACGAUUACGAUCGUGAUCGUUAUACAGGUUUGUUAAGUACUACUAAGCCGCGUUCAACAAUUUAUAAACUUGAAAAACCAGGAGGUAUUACUAUAACAACAAAUUCGAAUGCUGACUCAAAUCCAUAUGAUUACAUGAAAAGAGAUAAGAAAGAACGUGUCACACCAAAACCUAUCAAAUCAAAUCACAAUGGACGUCAAUAGUUGAAAAACUUAGAUAAAGAAACACAGGAAGAGAAAAUAGUUUUAGCAUAGAAAUGAAAAUAUUAUGAAAGGGAGACAAUAAUAUAUAUAUAUAAUUAUCACGUGUGUACUGAGCAACAUUACAGAGACAUCAUACGCCACACGCCUUUUUUUUUUUGUGUUUGAGAUUUUCAUGACUUAACAACCUCCUCUUUGCUUCUAUUAAAAGCGAUAUAGGAAAGUCUUACCGCAUGUAUUGCUCCAUAAGGUUUAAUUUGAUUCAAAAUUGCAAAGUUGUUAUGAGAAGGAAACGUGUUGUUCCCUCUUAAGGGAUUAGGGAUCGCUUACGAGACCAGAAUGCGAUUGUAUGUGUAACUUCAUAUCCUUUAUCAUUGUGAAAAGGAUUAAAAUUGUCUUUUCAUCUGCAACUUAUUUCCUCUACAAGAGGAAAUAAGAGGAUACUAAUACUUAAGUAGAAAAAACAAUUCUGGAGUCCAUUGGAGACAAUUGAUUUUUUAUUUAAUUCGCAUUUCUGUGUGUAAAAGCGAAGAGCCAGAAUAAUUAUUCAGAAAUUUGUAUCUAAAACUUUUAAAAUUGCGCUAUAAAUAAGAAGCGAUCAGACUAAAGGUUACCCUUAAAGAUGAGUUCUCGUUCAAGAGAGAUAUUAUACCUAAAAAUUGACUAAAAAUUGAUUAAAAGCAUUUGA